GUGAAUACCGUCAUGCAUUUCAUUAAAAUUUAAACCAAAAAAGGAUGUUCCACAUUACGUAAAUAAAAUUAUUGAUUAUGAAAAUCUUUAGUUUCGAGUUGAAUCAUUUUAACAGUUGUUUACAAUAUCGUUGAAGUAUGUGUCGAAUCAUUCUUAAUUCUUAAAGAUUGUGUGUGUGUUUUUUCUCAAAUACUGUGUGCGGCAUUAAAAGGAUAACAUGUUAUCAAGCGAGGAUUCAACACAUACUGGGAAGAAGGGUAAAUUUUCCGUUACCCCACCCAGUUCCCCGAAUGAAGCCGUAGCCUCGUUUUCGCCUCAACCGAAUGGCUACAGAAACCCCGCAUACACACCCUCACCACGACACGCUAGCUUAGGCAGCGAAAAUGAUGUGGAUGGACAUAUAGAUGGACAAUUUAAAUUUCUAGAAAGUCAAGGAUCAAAGUACCCGGAUGUAUUCACAAUUUCCGGUCUCGGUCCAGGAAAUGGAGAAAGUUCCGACAGCGGUAAAACUAAUACUCUUAGUUCUAAUGUGUCUAAUUCUCGGUCACCGGUAUCAACGCUCAACAGAGAUUCCGGAUUUUCCGAGGAUAAAUAUCGGUGGACGGAGGGCCCGGAUGUUAAGGAAGGCGGCGAUGCUCAAGGGAAGAAGCCGGAAGCACAGACAAGCGGAAGGCGCGUCUGUUGUGUGGUAGUGACUGUGGUGUUAGUGUGUGCCAUAAUUGCCGCUAUUGUUGCUGUUGUUAUUGUGUUUGUUGUCAACAAAAAAGAAGAUGAUGUGAUAGUUACCACAAUGCGUCCCGAUACCCUAGUGUUGGAGGGCUACCUUGCUCUCAAUCAGACGUGGUCAGAGGAUCUGGCGAAUUCUUCGUCACAACUUUAUAUAACCACGGCGGCCAAUUUUACCGCAGAGAUCGAUGCAUGGAUGCUCAACAGUUCCUUUGCAGAAGUAUACACUCGCACAGAAGUCAUAGCAUUCAGUCCCGGAAGUAUUCAGGUGGAUUUCCUGAUGACGUUCACAGAGCAAUACCGGAAGUGGGCAUCAGACCCGAACCAGUACGCCGCUUUAGUAGAGAACGCCUUCCGGUUGGCGGCCUUCGCCGCGUCUAACGUUAUAAAUGGGACGAUCCAAAUAAAUACAAGAAACACAACGACGCCGAUGAUGCCAACAACAUCUACCACAUCAACUUCUGUAACAACAUCAACUAUGACGUCACCAGUCACUACGAUAUCAAAUGUGACGUCAACUUCUUCAUCAUCAUCAACUGAGUCGUCACCAACAACUACGACAUCAAAUGUGACGUCAACUUCUUCAUCAUCAUCAACUGAGUCGUCACCAACAGCUACGACAUCAAAUUUGACGUCAUCAACGUUAACACAAUCAACUGUAACGUCAACGACUACAAAAACUACAACAACUAUUAUAACUGAAGCACCAGAUUUCCCACCAACUGCAAAUGCCGGAAAUGACGUCACAGUCCGUCUACCUGUGAACUCAAUAAAUUUAGACGGUUCGGGUAGUACAGACGAUCGAAGAAUAGCCUCGUACUUGUGGCGUGUAGUUGUUCCAGUAAAAGCGACAGUGAUAUUGACCAACGAACAGUCGCCAAUAGUGACCGUUUCCAAUUUUACGUCAGGGGCGUACGUCUUCAGUUUGACGGUACAGGAUGACAAGUUUCAAAUGUCAACGGAUAACGUCACCGUCAUUGUUUUGGAAGCAUUAAAAACAACAGCUUCUACAACAACAAUAAUAUCAUCAACAUCACCAACGACGUUAUCAACUACAACAACAGUAUCAACAACUACAACAAUGACCACAACAACAAUGGCAGGCAGCUCAACUACGUCUGAAACUCAAGGAAAAUGUGCCCUUGUGACAUUUUCCACGUGUUUGUCACUUGGAUUCAAGUGGACAGUCUACCCGAAUCUUUUGAGACAGAGUUCACCGGAAGACGCGGAAGCCGCGUUCGUGCGUACGGCUCGUGAUGUCAUCAACCAAGUGUGUGAGGAGGUGGCGCUACGAUAUCUGUGUUCCCUGUACUUUACUCAAUGUGACUUAAAAACUGGAGACUUGAUCUUCCCAUGCGCAAGUCUCUGUCAUGAGGCCAACACUACUUGUGGAGCCCACUUCAUUGACCCCAUGUCAUGCGACUACUGGCUUGAGGAAGACUGUGUAGGGUUGACCCCAACCACGCCUCGUCCUUCCACGACAACCCCACCAGAAAUCUGCGAGCCUACAACCCGUGACGAAUGCAGAGCCCUGGGCUUCAAUCAAACAUACAUGCCGAAUAUUUUCGGCGAGCCGGACCAAGCUGCAGCAUCGGAAACAUUUGAUUAUAUUAUACCCAACUUCGGUAGUUGCCAUGACAACUUUACCUACUUCCUCUGCUCCAUUCAAUAUCCGGUCUGUGCAGACCGCCAGAAGUUUAAGCCAUGUAGAAGUUUCUGUAACGAAAUCAUGUCCGCAUGUCCGGAAGUAAAAUUAUAUUUCCCGAAAUGCGAGUCGUUCCCGGAUGUCUCGUGUAUUGCCCCACGAGAGUCACCAAUCGAAUGUGGCAAGAACGAGUUCAGCUGCGGCGGUGUAGCGCGAUGUGUGAACGCUAGUCAAGUGUGUGAUGGGGUCAACCAGUGCGGGGACUGGUCGGACGAGAUGAACUGUGUGUGUCAUGAGCACCAAUGGAGGUGCAAUAUGGGGAUGUGCAUCAAAUCCUACCAACGUUGUGACAAUACAUCGCAGUGUCCAGAUAACAGCGACGAACAGGAAUGUGAUAACUGUACCCACGGUCAGGUGUCGUGUCCUAGCGGGAAAUGCAUUAUGACUGAGUGGCUUUGUGAUGGUCGUGCCGAGUGCGAGAAUGCAUGGGACGAAUACAACUGUGACCAGUGUGGGAGAAACCAGUUUUCCUGUAUGGACAGGAAUCAAACAUGUGUGCCGCUCGCCGACCGCUGUAACGGAUUUCCGAACUGCCCGAACAGUUUUGACGAGUUUCAAUGUAUCAGUGAGGAGUACGGCAUUAUUCAGCUUCCCGUACGAAAAACUGAACUUCCUCUCUGUGCAGAUUCGUGGUUCGAUGACUACGGGAAUUACACAUGUCAGCUUCUUGGUAAAGGCGUUUAUCUCGGGUUUGAGGCCGUCAGCUUUCCUCUGAACACCUUCGCCAGCCUGUCGGCCACCGGAACUAUCAUGUCCGUCCUUGGUACUCUAGAGAUCAGUCAAUGUCCCAGCAAGAAAGCGUUGAAAGUGAACUGUGAGCCCCGAGGCUGUGGCCGCCGCCAGAUCACCCUGGAGAACUAUAUGUCAGGCGGUGAUGACGCCUCACCCGGUGCGUGGCCAUGGCAUGUAGCGCUCGAACAGUACGGCCAGUACUUCUGCGGGGGAACCCUGAUAGCGCCCGAGUUUGUGCUGACCGCCGCUCAUUGUGUAGAGGACAAAAUUAGUGCAUCUCAAAACAUGACCGUCAUCAUGGGUACCACCGACCGCUCGAAACCGGAAAUGACGCGGAAAGUCGUCAGUGUAGAGGCAGUGUCGUCACACGCUGGUCACGUAUAUUACGAGAAAAACGAUAUCGCACUUCUGCAAUUAAGUUCUCCUAUCACGUGGACAAACCACGUGCAGCCCGCGUGCCUGCCGUCUGCUCAACAGAAAGUGCCAUUAUAUUCCACGUGCUAUACGGUUGGCUGGGGCUGGGAAAAGUGGGGAGGAACAUACCGCGACGUUUUACAGCAGCUGAAGAUGACACUAUGGGAUAUGGACAAAUGUAACAGUUCCCUGGCUUGGAACGGGAGGGUGUCCGAAUCUUCAAUGUGUGCCGGCUACUACUCCGGAGUGCGGUCUAUAUGUCGGGGUGAUUCCGGGGGCUCCCUAGUUUGUGACGAUGGCAUGGGCACGUGGACGGUGCACGGGAUCUCGAGCUACGUAGCCAACUUCUGCAACAUGACAGAGCGGCCUAACAUAUUCACUGACGUUCAGUACUUUCUACCCUGGCUACAAGAACGAACAGAGUGCGUGUUUAAAUGCGGGAACGGGAAGUGUCUGUAUCGCCGGUCCCAGCUCUGUAACCGGGAGAACAACUGCGGGGACAAUAGUGACGAAAUUCUCCCGUGCAACCGUACGGUGACGUGUGAUUUCGAGGAUGAUUACCUGUGUGGGUAUGAUUACACUGGCUGGAGCCGGGCCCAGGACAACAAGUUGUCCACUCUGACGUCAACUGCUGGUCAACUACACACGCAAUCCGCCGCUCCACAGUUUGAUCAUACCAUAGGACGUCCACCGGGUCACUACAUGUACGGGAAGUUAGCGGAAGUGAGCGAGGGGACGCUUACGUCGCCUCGAUUCACCGUGGCAGCCAAGAGCUGUCUUAGAUUCGCCUUCUACAUGCGGGGAGAUAUACAGCAAGGACUGACCAUGUACUUCUAUACUUAUGAAACCGGGUCGGACAAGUACGUCUAUAACCGUAAGUGGCCUACAUCGCCGCUCCUUUCUACAGGAACUGAUGAGUGGCGGACCGGAUAUGUUGACGUUAACUCCGGAGACUACAAGAUCGAGUUCAGGACCGGGGACCUGCUCCGCACUGCUGUGGAUGAUGUAGAGCUGUUUCCGGGGCAGUGUGACCUAGUUUUAUGCAAGAGCGAAGAGUUUAGAUGUCGAGUGUCGAAUAAGUGUAUACCCCGACUGUCCAGAUGUAAUAUUGUCGUUGAUUGUGAUGACGCAAAAGACGAAACCAACUGUGGAUCUUCUGAGAUUUACACGUGCUCGUUUGAAAAUGGGAACCUGUGCGGGUUGAGACAGGAAGUUGGGGACGGGACAGACUGGUGGCUUGUGUCCGCAAGAUUCCUCGGACAGGAAGUGGCCAACUCUGGUUUCAUGGACCACACAUUUGGUACCCGGGAUGGUCACGUGUUUUACAUCAACGAUUACGGUAUACAGUCCAGUGAACACAUUUUGACCUAUCAACAGUUUAAGACGGGCGGUUCGCCUCACUGUUUCUCUUUGUAUUACAUGAUGGAAGUUGCUGCCAUAUUUAAUAUUCAUAUUAAUUGCCUCGGUUGUGAAACCUCGACACACAUCAUCAAGCCCUCGUUCGACGGGCGCUGGGCGAAGUUUCAAACUGCACUUCCGUUAAGUGAUAUCAUCAAUGUGACAUAUGACGUCAUCGGUAAAACAGAAGGGUACCUGUUCCGCAAGUUUAUAGCGAUGGAUGAUAUCACCGUACAGCAAGGAGCAUGCCCAGAUUUCACAUGUCCUAUGAACUAUACCAAGUGUCGGACAACUGAUCGGUGUAUCCCGGAUAGAGUCCUUUGCGACCGGAAUGUAGACUGCCUUGAUGAAUUUGACGAGGAAAAUUGUGUUUGUAACGAGACUGAGUUCCGGUGUAACAAUACUGGACGCUGUAUCCCGGCUGUGUACGUGUGUGACCGGGUACCUCACUGCUCGGACGGAUCUGACGAGGGAGCCAUAUGUAGCAGCCUGGAUUCAGUGAGUUGCACGUUUGAACACCCCUUCAUGUGCGGCUAUGUUAUCCACAAGCACACUGACUUCCGUUGGGCGAAACACAGAGGUUCAACCGCGACACCCGUAACAGGCCCGCAGUCUGACCACACCCUUGGCAAUUCGGAGGGUUAUUACAUGUACACAGAAGCAGGGGAGGGAAGUAAGGGAGACAAUAGCAGUUUAGAGUCGCCUCCCUUUACCACCGGAUCGGGUAGCAGUCUACUCUUCUGGUACCAUAUCUACUCCGAUCAGCCAUUCCUUUAUAAACCCGGGAAACUGCUGGUUGAAGUUUUAGACACAGAAUCCAAUGAAGUCUUAUCGUCGUGGCAAAACGAUCCCCUCGAACUCAUUGAUGCAUGGCUACGCGUAUGCCUCUUGUUACCUAGCAACCGCACAGCGCGCGUGAUAUUCACUUCCAUCCGGAACGAGAAUACAACGUUUGGCGUUGAUAUUGCUAUUGAUGACGUCACGCUUAGCACACAAACGUGUGACGAUGUGACUCUACCCACUAGCACUACUAAAGCUCCAGAUGAUGGUCCCUGCAAAACUAGUGAGUGGAAAUGUGCCAGCGGGCAGUGCCUUCUGGCAGAAUACCGCUGUGACGGUACCACUGACUGCAGAGACAGUAGUGACGAACAAGGCUGUGCCAUUACUCCGGAAUAGUGACGUCACGUUCCGAUGGUGACGUCACUUCUGGUUUGUGACACACAAGGAUACUUCUGCACUUUCAGUUAGUGAAGGAAAUUGUGACGUUAUCACUGCCUUAAAAUAUGCAAUGUUCAUCUAAGUUGAUCAACAAGAAAUAAACAGGAACUAACCGACAUAGAGAUGUCACUUCUGGCUUGUGACACGGGAGAUUGUUGCAUCACUUCCGCCUAGUGAAGAACAAAUUUGUAACGCUACUACCGGUUUGAUGCAACCUUCAGUUAAUUUGAUAAAGAAGUAUAUAAGAACCUGACUGUUAUUGAAAUAGACGAGAAAUCAUAUUUUAGUCAUGCUUCAUUUAUAUAUAAGUACAAUAACAACGAAAACGAUAAAUAUUUGGAUGAAACAUUCGUUUCGAAGUGUUUCGACUUGUUUUUGUGGAUAUUUGUUUUGAUAUUUUAAACAGUUACCAUUGAUGUAAUAAUACUCACACCUUACACUUCUUCUAUACAUGUGUAUUUUUAUACUCUUAAUUGUGUAUCAAUCACGAUGAUUUCAAACGUUUCACUUUAUUUUAUUUUCUAUAUGUUUUAUUACUUUACUCAGAAAUUGAGUUUCAAUAUUGUUCAUUGUUCAUUAAAGAUAAUUGUUAUAUUGUUAUUUUUCAGGCAGAUUACUGCUAGUUAUUGAUUUUUUAAGAAAAUUUUGAUAAGAUGCAUCAAAUAUUCUUCUUGCCCCCAUUUCUCGAAACCUUUUAGGCAUAACAGGCUUAAGUCCCUUAUUUCAUACACAAAUAAGUGACUUAUACUUGAUUCCUGAAAUAGUCUCAAAACUUGAGAUUUAAAGAAAUUAUACCAAAUCAAAAUUAUUCGGCUUAGCUUAAUCCUGUUAUAAGUAAACCAAGCGAGAAUUUCUGUGUUUUGCAGUAAACCAAGCGAGAAUUUCUGUGUUUUGCAGUAAACCAAGCGGGAAUUCCUGCUUUUUUGUAGUAAACCAAGCGAGAAUUCCUGUGUUUUGCAGUAAACCAAGCGGGAAUUCCUGUGUUUUGCAGUAAACCAAGCGGGAAUUCCUGCUUUUUGCAGUAAACCAAGCGAGAAUUCCUGUGUUUUGCAGUAAACCAAGCGGGAAUUCCUGCUUUUUGCAGUAAACCAAGCGAGAAUUUCUGUGUUUUGCAGUAAACCAAGCAGGAAUUCCUGCUUUUUGUAGUAAACCAAGCGAGAAUUCCUGUGUUUUGCAGUAAACCAAGCGAGAAUUCCUGCGUUAUGUAGUAAACCAAGCGAGAAUUCCUGUGUUUUGCAGUAAACCAAGCGAGAAUACCUGUUUUUUGUAGUAAACCAAGCGGGAAUUCCUGGUUUUUUGUAGUAAACCAAGCGAGAAUUCCUGUUUUUUGUAGUAAACCAAGCGAGAAUUCCUGUGUUUUGUAGUAAACCAAGCGAGAAUUCCUGCGUUAUGUAGUAAACCAAGCGAUAAUUCCUGUGUUUUGCAGUAAACCAAGCGAUAAUUCCUGUUUUUUGUAGUAAACCAAGCGAGAAUUCCUGUUUUUUGUAGUAAACCAAGCGGGAAUUCCUGUGUUUUGCAGUAAACCAAGCGGGAAUUCCUGUUUUUUUUGUAGUAAACCAAGAGGGAGUUCCUUUGUUUUGUAGUAAACCAAACGGGAGUUCCUGUGUUUUGUAGUAAACAAAGCAGGAAUUCAUUUUAUUGCAGUAUAUCAAGCGGGAAUUUCUGUGUGUUUUUUUGCAGUAAACAAAGCGGGAAUUCUGUUUGUUAUUUCGAGAUGAAUUAUCCUCAGUAUGUUCUGUGUCUGGAAACUCCUGUAUUUUUGAGGGUUUUUUCUCUGCUUAUCACGUAACAAAAUCCUAUGUUUUAUGAGAUUUGUACAUAAAAUAUUAUAGCAACAUGUAUCAUUUGUUUCAAAAGAUAAUAUAGUGUCUAUUUAUGCUUACGUUUUGACGUUGUCAUACUAUUAAACAUGAACUUGCUCACUAUAUUAUCUGCGGCUAUCUUAUCCGGUUGUGAUUAUUUGUGGUGCUAAUUUGAAUAGUAAAAUAUAAAAGCUUUGUAUAAAAUUUACGUUGUGAUGGGCGUAUUGUUGUGAGUGAUGCAAUUAAAUCAUGUAUAUAUUUAUAGGUUUUUUUAUUUCGAGGGUAAUACCAUUCCAAAAUGCUAAACAUAGUAUAUUUAUAUGCGGUGCUUCGAUUCUGUUCUUCUUUUGAUAUUAGCAAAGUUAUAUGAAUAAUCAUUCAAUGUAAAUCUUAGUUAUCACGCUUAAAGGCCCACUGGUAGAACACUUCGCUAGCUCCUCUCUACAUUGUAUACUCACAUAAUGUUGUUUUUCUAUGCAGUCUCAUGAAUAAACAUGAACAGGUGAUAUCAUUACAUAUAUUUUAUAUCAAAUUAAAUCUUAAUAAUUUGCAUAAUACACCUUUGCCAUGACAAUUGUUUUUUAUCAUAAGAUGACAACUACAUUUUAUUUGUACAUUGUAUAUUUUGUGUUAAUUAUACUUGCUUUUUUGCAAGAACUUUGCAAGACUCUAUAUGAAGCUAAACCGGUUUCUUUAUGAUGUGUGCUUAAUAGAAUUAUUAUUUUGGUAUUAAAAUCGUUAUUUGUGCAGUUUGCCACUGGGUGUUCACCUAUAAAACUCUGUUAUUAUUUGACUGGUCACCUUUGAAGUGAAGUAUCUAAGAAUUAAUGUUUAACCUUGUUGAUAAAUGAAUAGAUUGAAGGUGAAUUAAAGAAAACUAUAUAUGGCUAUAUAAAAAUUGGUUUGAUUUAACAUUCCAUAUAAAUAAACUUCAAUUGUUAAAAUUAUUCCUUGUGAUAUACCUGUAAAAUGGGUCCAGCAGUUCGUUCGCUUCGAUAUAACAAUAACUUCCAUAACUGUAUGACUUCAAUAUUUGCAGAUAUCAUUUUAUGGGUAAACACGGUUAAGAAAUUUUAAUUAGCUUGUUUGUGAUAUAUACAUUUUUAAACAUUUUAUAGUUGUUGCUGUUUUUAAUCUGAACAUUUAAAUGAAGCGUUUGAUAUAUUUAUCGUUAGCUAAUUGAUGUUUUAUUUACACGUUCUUAUUGUGUUGUUCAUGUAAAUAAAUGAUAGAAUGUUUGUAUCAUUUUACCCAUUCACACUGCUUAACAAAAACCAAUAUUGUCAAUAUUUUUGUAGAAAACUUAAGCAUACAUUUUUGCCCAUGAAACAUUGAUAAAAUUACUGUAUAUUUAAACUAGAACGGUUGUUUUUGUGUUUGUAAACAACAACCAGAAAUAAUAUUAUCAAUAGACUAAAAAUACACAUGAAUACUAUUAA